UCCGGGUCCUGGGCGAGCGGGCGCCGUGCGCGUGUCCCGCGGCCGCGCUGCUAAUAAAGUUGCAGCGAGGGAAAGCGCGGCGACGGCGCCGGGGGAGCGCGCGCCCUGGCGGCCCGUGAGACUUGAACCAAUGAAAGAAGCAUAUGGCACUUGUGAAGAUAGAUGUUACUCCUCCCUUUUUAAUUGGAACUUCUGCUUAGAACCUGUACAUGACUUUUCACCUGUGAUCUGUUCUUUCAGUAGCCGUUGACUUUGAGUUACAGGAAGGUCUCUGAAGAUUUUUAUCAAAUGACGUCAAUGGCCAGCUUGUUUUCUUUUACUAGUCCAGCAGUGAAGAGAUUAUUGGGCUGGAAACAAGGUGAUGAGGAGGAGAAAUGGGCAGAAAAGGCAGUGGAUGCUUUGGUGAAAAAGCUAAAAAAGAAAAAGGGUGCCAUGGAGGAACUGGAGAAAGCCUUGAGCAGUCCAGGACAGCCGAGCAAAUGUGUCACUAUUCCCAGAUCAUUAGAUGGACGCCUGCAGGUUUCUCACAGAAAAGGCUUACCCCACGUUAUCUAUUGUCGUGUUUGGCGCUGGCCUGAUUUGCAGAGUCAUCAUGAGCUAAAGCCAUUGGAUAUUUGUGAAUUUCCCUUUGGAUCUAAGCAAAAAGAAGUUUGUAUCAACCCAUACCACUAUAAGAGAGUGGAGAGUCCAGUCUUACCUCCAGUAUUAGUGCCUCGUCAUAAUGAAUUCAAUCCACAACACAGCCUUCUGGUUCAGUUUAGGAACCUGAGCCACAACGAACCACACAUGCCGCAGAAUGCCACAUUUCCAGAUUCUUUCCAUCAGCCCAACAACACUCCUUUCCCCUUAUCUCCAAACAGCCCCUACCCACCUUCCCCUGCCAGUAGCACAUAUCCCAACUCCCCGGCAAGUUCUGGACCAGGAAGUCCAUUUCAGCUCCCAGCUGACACACCUCCUCCUGCCUAUAUGCCUCCCGAUGAUCAAAUGGGUCAAGAUAAUUCCCAGCCUAUGGAUACAAGCAAUAAUAUGAUUCCUCAGAUUAUGCCCAGUAUAUCCAGCAGAGAUGUUCAGCCUGUUGCCUAUGAAGAGCCCAAACAUUGGUGUUCAAUUGUCUACUAUGAAUUAAACAAUCGUGUUGGGGAAGCUUUUCAUGCAUCUUCUACUAGUGUUUUAGUAGAUGGAUUCACAGAUCCUUCAAAUAACAAAAGUAGAUUCUGCUUGGGGUUGUUGUCAAAUGUUAAUCGUAAUUCGACAAUUGAAAACACUAGGCGACAUAUUGGAAAAGGUGUUCAUCUGUACUACGUUGGCGGGGAGGUGUAUGCGGAGUGCCUCAGCGACAGCAGCAUAUUUGUCCAGAGUAGGAACUGCAACUUUCAUCAUGGCUUUCAUCCCACUACUGUCUGUAAGAUUCCCAGCAGCUGUAGCCUCAAAAUUUUUAACAAUCAGGAGUUUGCUCAGCUUCUGGCUCAGUCUGUCAACCAUGGGUUUGAGGCAGUGUAUGAGCUCACCAAAAUGUGUACCAUUCGCAUGAGUUUUGUCAAGGGCUGGGGAGCAGAAUAUCACCGGCAGGAUGUGACCAGCACUCCAUGCUGGAUUGAAAUUCAUCUUCAUGGGCCUCUUCAAUGGCUGGAUAAAGUCCUCACUCAGAUGGGCUCCCCUCUGAACCCCAUAUCUUCUGUUUCAUAGUGCUGAAGUAUUCUUUUCAAUUAUAUUGUUAGUGGACUUGUUUUAAUUUUAGAGAAACUUUGAGUACAGAUACUGUGAGCUUACAUGGAAAACAGAUAUUACAGCUUAUUUUUUUUCUACAUAAUUGUGACCAACACAUUUGUAUUUUGUGAUGAAUCUACAUUUGUUUGUAUUGAUGUUCAUGUGGUUAACUCUCAAAAGUGUUGUGAAAGAUGCAGAGUAAGUAUUAUGUCCCAGUUCAGAAAUUUGGUAUUGAUCUUAAACUGGAACGUGCUUUUACUUUAUUGUCCUAACAAUUUUUUAUUUGUUGAAUUUUUUGGAAAAGUAAUGCGUCACAUGAUGAAAAAUUAUAAUAGUGUUUAAGAGGGUAUAUACAGUGAAAAGUAAGUCUUCCCUCCUAUUCUCUGUUCUUGAUCUUCCCAAAGCUGUACUUUUACCAGUUUCUUUGUCCCACCAACUUAAAAAAAAGAAGCAUAAUUCAUUAUUUUGCAAAAGUGUAUGGUAGGGGUCUAAAAGAAACUAUAAAAAAAAAUCUUUUAUUUGAAGGAACACUAUGCACUGCUCUAACAAGUAGUGUUCAGUAAAAGCAAAAUGAUAGUUUUCUAGGUAACAUCAUAAAAUUUACAUUUAAUACAGAUAAAUGUUUGUCAGUGUAAUGUGACUUCAUGCUAUAUAUAUCUUUUGUAAAACAUUUCCUUUUUAAAAAACUUAUUGCAAAUAACUGAUCUCAAGUAUGUCAUUUACUCAAAAUUUGUCAUAAGUACUACUUUAUAGCUAAUGACAGUAUGUGCACGGCCUUGUUUGACUGGCUAUGUUUGCUGCUUUUGGACAAUGUUGCAAGAACUCUAAUUUUGACAUGCAUUAAUCUUUUAUUUUGCACUUUUAUGGGUGACAGUUUUUAGCAUAACCUUUGGUAAAACACACUCAAGUGACUUGGAUUUAGAUGCUUACCUUACUUCCUUGGUACCCCUUUUAUAUUAACAAACACUGCAGUUCAUAGAUUACAGUUGUAGGAAGUUGUGCUUUUCUAGUUUUUGUUUUAUUUUAAGCCUAGAUUAUAAGACUGUUAUUCUAUAGCUCCAACUCAAGGUGCCUUUUAAAUUCUCUGUAGUUUUAUGGGUGGUGUUAAUGUUGGCAAAUCACGUGCUUAAUCCCGUUGCUCUUACUUGCAUCAACCUCCCUAUGCAAGGACCCAUGCACGGUAGCCAUAGGUGCUCUCUAGCUGGGCCCCAAGGAUGAGGCUACUGGUCUGAUACUUCAGGAGUGGAUGUCGGGAUAGCUGAUCUUUAAACAUUCAUGCAUCAAAGAAUGCAGACUGUUUUCUUACUUGUCAUCGAUGCUCUUUUUCCAUUUUUUUAGUAUCUCCAUGGAUGCUAGUCUCCCAGAAUACAAUCUACAGAGAGGAAAGACAUGAAAACUCUGAAACAUAUGUUUAAUCAAUCAUACCUUUGACUUUACGUAAAGGACUCUCGACUAGUUUUUCUAGGGAGCAGCCAAAUGGACACUUAGUUUUGACAUGAGGAUGAAGAAAUUAUUUAAAAAAAAAAAAUAUGAAUCUAAUUUACCUAUCAGCAGAAACCUUAUUUUCUGGUGCCUUUUGAAAGUAUAUGGAGCCAUGUCAUUCUUCUGUUUAAAAUGUUAGUGUGAUUUGACUUUCCACUUUGCCCUUUCUGUUUUUAUGAGGAAAAAAAGUGCAUUUUUUAAGGAAAGGAUUAUACAGUUCCUUUUGUUGUAUGUGUCAUUAUUUAUUGCUUUGUCAAUGUGCAGCCAAUGGAUGGUUUGAGUUCUUUCAGAUGAAGUGCCACUUGUGUGUUUCAGCUCACCGUUCUUUGCUGGGUAAAAGAGAUACUCUGACAGUCACCUCAGCCUUAAACGUAAGUGUCACACAACAUGCGUUCUGAGUCUUCCAGAGUUGUGUCAGCCACAUGAAAAAGAACUAUUGUCUUAAUGACUCAACUUAGGUAUUUUGGUCAUUCUUUAAUUUACCAGGCUCAUGGCACAAUCAUGGGAACAAAUUUGUAGGAAAAAAAAUCACUUCCGUUAAACGACAAGUACAUGUAAUCAACUUCAGUGGGCCGUAGUAAACUAGUGGAGACUAUUGUCUUAUUGGUGUGUUCAAGUGAGAGUUAAUUAAAAAUUGUUUUUAUUUGGGGUCAUCAUGUCACAGCCUUUAGAAUUAGCAAGAUGUUAUGUGAUUAGCCUUUUCUUUGUUUUCUCUAAGUCAUUGUGUCUCAUGGGUGAUAGCACUAACACGCUAUUAACCAUUAAAAGUUUCGUAAAGAAGUAUACGCCUGCAGUAUUUCCUAAAAACCAUCAACUCCAGACCCUUUGACUUUAAAUGAAAAUACAGUCUUGCUUCUGUUAUAAUCCCUAAGUAUGCCCAUAUAUCUAUAUAUAUAUAUACACGAAAUAAAAUUUGAUAGUAAGAUUUAGAAAAGCAAAACAAAACACUAAAAUUCUGGCCAGUGAAAAGAAAGCACCUCUGAACAAAACCACUUCGGAAAGUUAUAGUUCUAAGUUUUUAUUUAUUUUACAGAAUGUUUUAUAGUAAAAGUUUUGAAAACAUCAGCACCAUAAGAAUAAUCAUGUAUUAUAGCAUGUACAACAUGUUAAUUUAUGCCAGUUGAAAAGACAAAAUCUAAAAACAAUAAAAUGGCAACCAAUUUGGUCAAUGCAAAAAGCAGGAUAGAAUCAAAUCUCAGUAAUGAAUUAAAGCAGCAAAAAGAUGUUGAUUGGAUAAAAGCAGGAUAUAAGAGGUACAUUUGCCUAACAUUUCUGCAUGAAAGAGUAUUAUUAUUAUGGUCAUGUUGGUGUUGCCUGGCUAACAUUAUGGAAUGUAAAUUAGUGGCAUGUUAUUGAUCUACUGAAAUGGACACCUUUUUUUAGAGAGAGAAUUCAAGGAAGACAUCCUUCAAAAUGUCACCUAUAUGUGUCAAGACUGUAAAUCAUUUUUCACAUUUUAUUGUUGCUAUGUAAGAAAACUGUGGUAAUAGAAUUGGCUAGGUUUCUGUGGUGAAAUCCAGAGUAAGAUUACCAGAUAGUUCAUUAAGGCACAUCUAAUAGUACAGAAAGAAGAUACAGCUGUUUUGUACUUUUCAUGACAUUUGAUAGUAAGACAUUCUUUUAGGAUAUAAAGUGAUCAAUAAAUAUUCAGAUGUGAAAUCUGUUGCCAAGAUAAGAACUGAUACUCAUGUUAUAAAACCUUCCAUCUUACCUAAGGGUACCUGUGGGAAACAGUUUCUUCCUCUGUAGUAGUGUUCUGUUGGAAGAGAAAGUUUGUACAAAAAAUGAAAUCCAACAGCAGAGAAACUCUAAAAAGUUUGAUAGUAGCUGUUAAAGUGCUGUACUUCUGUUAUAGGGAGCAUCUAAUAUGCCACUUUAGAGUCAUUUCUAAACUUUUUCUAGUCAUUUACUUAAUAGAACUUUGGAUCAUUAUCACCUUUCCCACUCAAAAUAUAUUAACACCCUUUUUACUUUCCAAGGAAGGAAGAAUCUUGAUGGUCAUUGAGUUCAGCCUUCAGUGAUGACUUUUGUAUCUAUUAACUUUUAAGAGGGUUAAAGCCCUUAUCUUAUUAGUUAAAUCCUCAGUGUCUGAAUGUAUAAAUAUAAAUGUGUCAUCAUAUACCCAUCAGCUAUAGAUAAGCAGGUAUCUUUUAAGGUAGUAGAUAAUCUGAUGGUUUUAGAAGUGUUUGAUGAUUUUUAUGGGAGAGAGCUUUCCUAAGUGGUGGUCUGUAGGUGGUCUCAGACAUUAUUAGGGCAGCUUUUUAAGGGAUAAUCUCAGGUUUGAUGCCUAUUUCCCCCAGAGCAGCAGCAUUUUCCUCACAGUUACAGGUGACAUUCUUGGGAGUUUUUCUUAUCACAGAAGAUGCAUGUAUCAAAUUCAAGGCAUUUCUUCUGCAUAAACAAAGAAUUAUACUUGCGGGACAGAAACUUGGACAGUUCUUUGGAAUUCACUGGAUUACAGUUUCGUAUAUCCUGAUUACAGGAGGUAGUAUUUAUCAAGCCUUUGUUAUAUUGGAUUAUUCAUAAUGGAAUCUUAUCUCCUAAAAAACAAUUGUAUUAUAAUUGAAGUAACAUCCUGAAAUUGGAUGGUUUACCAAAACCCAUGGAAGGGUCUCACACAUUGAUUUUGUGUUUGUGUUUAAGUAAGAAAGCUUGCUGGAAUUUGCUGUAGUAGUUGCUGUAAAACAAGUGAUAAGUUAUUUCACUGAAAAGAUCCAGUCCUAGAGCAGGUUUCUUUGGUCAUUCCUGGCAGAGUAAAAAGGGUUUGUGUGGUUCUUGUCUAAAUAACUCAGCUCUUAAAAUUCUUAAAAUCAUCAUAAACCUUUAUUCUUUAAGGAUUUAUUAAAAGAUGAGGGUUUUUUAAAAGUUCGUAAUUUUGUGUACAGGUAGAUUUUUUUCAUCCAUUAAUAGUUAGUGCCUUCUUACUACAUGCUGGUGUUAGCCAUGACAAACUCCAGUGAGGCCAAAUAAUCCCAAGUUCUUUGUGAAACAGAAAUUUUUUAGGGUCAGAUUUUCCUUUCUAAUCCCAUUGGAGAUGCUGCUGCUUUGAUUUAUUCAUAAAGUAUUUUAACUGUGGGGACUCUUGAGGAUAAUGGUCGGGCAAGUGAUUUUCUUUUUAACAUGGUUGGUUAAAGUUGCAUUUUGAAAUUCACACAGUUUUAAAAUUGGAGAGGAUUAUAAUCAUGUUUGUAUUUACUUGCCCAUAUUCUCUUAAAAAUAUUUCAUAUGCAGAUGAUAAAGACCAAGCCAACGGCUGCACUAUAGGUCUGCUUCUUAUUUGUACUUGUUCUACUUCUGUUUAUGUUGUAGAAAAUGAAAUUCUAGCAACAUGCUUCAAUUCUGUUAUCUUUUUGAUACUUAUAAAAUGUAUUAGGUUUUACUAUAUUGUGCUUUUUAAAGCCAUAACUCUUAAGAACUUUGUUUUUGCAUAUUGUUUGCUAAUACUUUAUUUUAAUAAACCUCAAAACCUG